CCGAGGAUCAUCAACCCUGACCGAAUCAAGCCACCUCCCCGCUAUUUUUGUGCCGAGACUUCGCACGAUUGUCUCGCAGACUCCACGUCCUGCUUCGAGGAUCAUCAAUCCUGACCGAAUCAAGCCACCUCCCAUGGAGUCCGCGAGACAAUGUGGUUGGACCACAUUGUCCCUUCGGACCACAUUGUCUCGCGGACACCACGUCCUGCUCCGAGGAUCAUCAACCCUGUCCGGAUCAAGCCACCUCCCAUGCGCUCUGAUCGUGCCACAAUCGCACACGGCAGCAGCUCUCGUCAGCAAACACCGUCGAGGUCGAAUGACGCUGGCUUACAGGUCGAUGGCUCUCACCAACGCCACGACCAGUCCUCACCUUAUGAGGAUCACGUCGGCCGCGCUGCGCACUUCGGGCCUAUGUCACGCAGUCCCCCACCGGUGGGUUCAUCUCGCGCUGAAUUGACUGCAUCAUCGUCUGCAGCGGGUGGUCCUGCGCGCAACGGCGGCAGCCAAGCGGGCGUCGAAGGCGCUCAUUAUGACGGGCCAUAUGGGCCGAACUCAAGCCAAAACUUUGCGUCCAUGCACUCUUUCUCACCGCCGCCACCGCUCGGCAUGGCUGCUUUCUUUGCGGCGCAGGCUGCCGAGAGCCCUGAGGGUGCAAAUCGCGCGCCGGCUGCUGAAUUGCAGCCAGUAGAAGCUGCUGGUCCGGUGAUCCCUCGGGUCACGGUUCCCCUCCGCGGCCGCGCCUUGGUGCCGCCGUCCACGCCAGUUGGCUCUCCCUCAACCCCAGAAAAGUCACCGGGCUUGGCUCACGGAUUGGGGGUCACGCCCCCCAUGACGCCGUCCCCGUCUCUGCAAAAGGGCAAGAGUCCAAUGAUGUUCAUUCCAAACAGGCCCUCGAGGAUUCCUGUCGCCGACCGAGAGGCAAGAGCUCGGGAGGGGCAGGAAAAACAAGCUGCGCACCGGGAAGACCUCCUGGCUGAAGCGCGACGACGCUGCGCGGCAACAGAUGCGGCAAAUGAGGCCGCGAGGGGCAAGCGACCAUCCUCUGCGAUGUCGCAAGCCAGCUCUGCUUCAUCCACGAAUGGUCGUCGGAGCGGCCCGGCGCUGUCCACAGCUGCAUCCACAGAAUCGGCGGAUCCUGUGGUGAAGCAGUUUGAUGCUCCGCCAACUAUUCCUUCUGCUCGUGCGACGCGCUCUGCCGCCGCCGCCUCUUCCACCAUGGCACAUCCUGCUCACUGACGAAGCGCCUCGCAUUCCAGCUGACGAUCUUCCCAAUCC